AUGGUAUUUGGGGUCUACGAGACGCACGUGUAUUACAGAUCUCCUGCAAAUGUUCUUUUCCUUAUUGGAAUCAUCGUCUGUUCUGUGCUUAUAUUGCACAAUAUUCGAGUCAGUGAGCAAAACAUAUCUUAUUCCAACUUCCAUAUAUUGUCUUUGGUAUCGUCAGAAUUUCUCCUGGGUUCUCUGCUGGCAUACAUUCACAGAUACGGCAUAGUUCCUUUCUUCAAUGGUGUAAAAGAAGAACAAUAUAAGUUUAUGAUCGCUGCUAUGACUCCUGCGUCAGCCAUCAUUCCUGCAGCAAUAUUGAAGCUCAUUGCGUUGAGGCGAAGUUCCGAGAUAGUAAAUCCCGGUCGGAGUUUUCUUUUGGUGUACUGCAUUCGAGGUGGAAUAAUUUUCGUAUACCGUACCAUGCAAGCGGACUUUAAAAACAUUUGGCUGUUCGUUGGACUUUCAUUAUUUUUUGGUGUUUUGAACUUUUUGAAGAAAGCAACCUAUCGCUUAAGAAUGAGAUUGUGGAGUUACAUCAUCUCACAGUUGAAGCGAACUGUUUGCUGUCAAAGACUUCACGAAAUGCCUCGUGACACACCACACUACAGAAGAUUAAGAGCCGAUUUAGAAAUUCAAGACAUGCUUUUUGAGUACAUUACACUAGUUCUAAGUCAAGGAACCUUAGUCUUGUACAUUGUGGAAAGUUUUAAACUUUCUGUUUCGUCCAUCGUAUACGAGAGUUUGAGGAACAUUGCUAUUGGCAUUGGAAUCGACUUCUUUUUCAAUGUUUUUUCCAUUUUUGUUCAAAUUCAUUACUACAACAUUCCAAUUAGUCGCGUGUGGUCGAAGUACUGGAAACGACAUGUGCUUGCUAACCUCAUCAUUCUCAUGGUGAUGGUGUCGUAUUUCAACUCAGUCCUUGUAUCGAUUUUUAAAGUCCGCAUCAAUUGGACCGGCACAGACCACGGGGCGUACAUUGUCAGAAACUGUACCUCGUUUCAGUAAC